ACGGCGCCGCCGUGCCCCGUUCAACGCCGCUGAGCGCCCACCCCCCCAUGGCUCUUCGUGUCGCUGCCCCAUUGCUGCGCCGGGCCCGGUGUGGGGUGCGCUGGGGGGGCACGGCCCCCGCUUCCACCUCCGAGGGCACCUUUGAUUGGCGUGAUCCGCUGGGGCUGGAGGAGCUGCUGAGCCCCGAGGAGCGGCUGCUGCGGGAUGCCAUGCGCAAGUACAGCCAGGAGCGGCUGAUGCCCAGGGUGCUGCAGGCCAACCGCAACGAGGUGUUUGACCGGGAGAUCGUGUCUGAACUGGGGGAACUGGGGGUACUGGGAUGCACCAUUAAAGGGUUCGGCUGUGCCGGUGCCUCCUCGGUGGGUUAUGGGCUGGCAGCGCGGGAGCUGGAGCGCGUGGACAGCAGCUACCGCUCUGUGUUCAGUGUCCAGAGCUCCCUCGUCAUGGGCCCCAUCCAUGCCUAUGGCAGCGACCAGCAGCGCCAGAGCCUCCUGCCCCGCCUGGCUCGGGGGGAGCUCCUGGGCUGCUUUGGGCUGACGGAGCCCAACCACGGCAGUGACCCCGGGCGGAUGGAGACGAGGGCGCGCUACAACCCCAGCGCCCGCACCUACACCCUGCACGGAGCCAAGACCUGGAUCACGAACUCGCCGGUGGCCGACCUGUGCCUGGUGUGGGCCGUGUGCGAGCAGGAUGGGUGCGUGCGGGGCUUCCUGGUGGAGCGGGGCCGGGCCGGGCUCAGCACCCCCCGCAUCCAGGGCAAGUUCUCGCUGCGCGCCUCGGCCACCGGGAUGAUCCUCAUGGAUAACGUGGAGGUGCCGGAGGAGAACGUGCUGCCCGGAGCCCGGGGCCUGGCGGGUCCCUUCAGCUGCCUGACCCAUGCACGCUAUGGCAUUGCCUGGGGGGCUCUGGGUGCUGCUGAGGCCUGUUUGGAGACGGCUCGUCAAUAUGUCCUGGACAGGCACCAGUUUGGGGGCCCACUGGCACGGAACCAGUUGGUGCAGAAGAAGCUGGCGGACAUGGUGACCGAGAUCGCACUGGGGUUCCAAGCCUGCCUUCGCCUGGGGCGCCUCAAGGACGAGGGCCGGGCAGCCCCAGAGAUGGUGUCGAUGCUGAAGAGGAACUCAUGCGGGAAGGCGCUGAGCAUCGCACGGGAGGCACGGGACAUGCUGGGGGGCAAUGGGAUCUGCGACGAGUUCCACGUCAUCCGUCACGUCCUCAACCUGGAGGCUGUCAACACCUACGAAGGUACCCACGACAUCCACGCGCUGAUCCUGGGCCGGGCCAUCACCGGCAUCCAGGCGUUCGCCCCCCCGGCACCGCAGAGCUGAUGGGGCCACAGCGGGGCCAGGAUGGUACCAGGGGGAUCAUGGUGUCACCAAGAGGGACCACGGUGCCACCAGUAGUGGAGGACAUGAAGGGAUGGUGCUGGGAACUGGACCUGGUGGCACUGGCACAAUCUGACAGCAACCAGACCCAGUGUCACCAGCACAACCUGACAGCAAUUGGACCCAGUGGCACCAGCACAACUUGACAGCAACCAGACCCGGUGGCACCAACCGGAGCUGAUGGCACCAGCACAACCUGACAGCAACCAGACCCGGUGGCAUCAACCGGACCCAGUGGCACCAGCACAACCUGACAGGAACCAGACCUCUUGUCACCAACUGGACCUGGUGUCACUGACACAACCUAAGAGCAAUGGGGCCCAGUGUCACCAACUGGACCCGGUGUUACCAAUCGGACCCGGUGUCACCAACCACCAAUGGGUGCUGUGGCCGCCCUCGCGGCUCCUCCUGGCCAAUAAAAGCCACCUCUGCUGAUUA